CCUCGACGAAUCUCUCUCUCUCUCUCUAACAUACAUUUCUUCUUUCUAAAUUCCAUUCAAUCCCACGCACUUCAACUUUCAAGUCCGUCUGAGUUUUCUAUUCCCGAAGCUCUCUCCUUCUCCGAUCGUUGAGUUUUCUCCUCAAUUUGUGUCGGCGUUGAGGGGAUAGAAGAAGCAAGGAAAGGAGAAGACGAGGAAUGGGACAAGCUUUUCGCAAACUUUUCGAUGCUUUCUUCGGCAACUCUGAGAUGCGGGUUGUGAUGCUUGGGCUGGAUGCAGCUGGCAAGACUACAAUACUGUAUAAGCUUCACAUUGGAGAGGUUUUAUCAACAGUUCCUACCAUUGGUUUCAAUGUAGAGAAAGUUCAAUAUAAAAACGUGAUCUUUACAGUGUGGGAUGUGGGCGGACAAGAGAAAUUAAGACCCUUAUGGAGACAUUACUUCACUAAUACUGAUGGGCUGAUCUAUGUUGUGGACUCGCUGGAUCGAGAUAGGAUUGGGAAGGCAAAGGAAGAGUUUCAGUCCAUCAUCAGAGACCCAUUCAUGCAUAAUGCUGUUAUAUUGGUCUUUGCAAACAAACAAGACAUGAGAGGUGCAAUGACUCCAGCAGAAGUAUGCCAAGGCCUUGGCUUGUAUGACCUCAGAAAUAGGAAAUGGCAUAUACAAGGAUCAUCUGCUACCAGAGGGGAUGGCUUGUAUGAGGGGUUGGACUGGUUGUCAAGCACUUUGAAGGAGCACAAAGCGGCUGGAUUUUCUUCUAUUGGCCCUUAAUUCUAGUAAGAUCGAAGCUCAACUUGUCUUACAACUCCCCAGAAUUAACAAGCAUGUAGUUAUAGUAAAAUGUUAUGCAAUGCUGUUUGCUGCAGGUCAGCACCAUAACUGAUCAAUCUGUAAAUUGGAAAAGCCU